UUGCAAAACUCAAUAAAACUUUACUGACUAAGAAUUUUAUAAUACAAGCUAACUCUCUAGAAAUUUAGAUGCUUCUUCCUCUACUCAAGACUUUAAUUUAUAGUGUUGAGUACUCUUACAAAAUAUAAAAUAAAAUCUAUAACCUGAUAAGGGAAUUGCCAAUCAAAACAUCCCAUAAAACUAAGGAGUAAAGUACACGGGCAGGAGUCAGAUUUCAUGCUGACGUGAAUAAUUUGUGGAAAAAAAGGCAACGAUUUCUGACUUCUGGGUAGGAGUCGUCGAACCAUUGAUGACAUAGCAAGAAGAUAGAUAGUCUUGAGAUUUGGAGAAAUAUUUUUUAUAAGAAAUUAUGAUACAAGAAAUCCGGCCCGUGUCUAUGGUUUGUCUCCUGUUUAUGAUUCUUACCGACUCUUCCAAGUUAAUACCAUUCCGCGCCUUCUCAGUAAUUUCCUAGAAAUUCUAAUGCCAACACUGGCGGCUUGUGCGUAGUGGCUGCCAAUGUCAUGUUGGAAAGUGACACGUAUCCGAAUCAGCAUAUACGUGUGUGUGUGUAGACACGCAAUUUGUUAAGGAUUUAUAAAGUCCUGCAUUCAUCUGUACGGCCACACCUCAUCAGCCAUGGCAGAAACAUCCACUGCAACAAAGAGGCGAGCUCAACUUUGCAUUUUCAGAUAUGCAGUCGUGACAGGAGCAAAUAAAGGGAUCGGGCUGGAAAUAUGUAGGCAGUUGACUUCUCAUGGGAUUGUUGUGGUGUUGACAGCUAGAGAUGAGAAGAGGGGCCUUGAAGCUGUUCAAAAGAUGAAAGACUCUGGCAUCUCUGAUGAUCUUGUGGUUUUCCAUCAGCUAGAUGUGGUUGACCCAGAUUCCAUUACUUCUUUGGUUGAGUUUGUCAAAACCAAAUUUGGAAAACUUGAUAUCUUGGUGAACAAUGCUGCGAUUAGUGGAGUUGUGCUAAAUGCUGAUGCUUUCCAAAGAGCCUUCGAGCUUUCUGGUUGUUGGCCAGACGGGGAGGAAGUGUGGAAUGAAAUUGAAACUCAAAGUUUUGAGUUGGCAGAACAAUGCAUCAAAACAAACUAUUAUGGGGUAAGAGGAAUGGUUGAAGCUCUAACUCCACUCCUCCAGCUUUCUGAUUCAGCAAGGAUUAUAAAUGUUACUUCAAAAUUGGGACUGUUGAAGAAUAGAUGAAAUUUUGAAGGAGUUUCUAAAAGAUUUCAAGGAAGGGUUGCUAAAAACCAAAGGUUGGCCGACUCAACUCUCUGCCUAUACUGUUGCUAAAGCUGCCAUGAAUGCCUACACUAGGAUUCUCGCCAAAAGGUACCCGAAUUUCCAUGCCAAUUGUGUCUCCCCUGGCUAUUGCAAGACCGACUUAAGUACCAAUACCGGCUACUUCACCGCCGCAGAAGGAGCUGAAGGUGCUGCGAGGUUGGCACUGCUGCCUGAUGGUGGGCCUUCUGGUUUUUGCUUUUUGCAGAAAGAAAUGCUGACCUAUUUUUGAAAGAAGACGAGACAUUAUAGAAUCGUCGUGUGAUAAUGGAACCGCAAGUAUUAAAAUUUCAAGUUGUUGAUGUAUUUUCCCACCAAGGCAGAAUAAUAUGAACAUUUUGUCAACA